CAUAAGCUGGGAGCCGCCGUGGGCACAGGGCCUCAAAGAUGAGGCCCGCACUUGCCUUGUGCCUCCUCUGCCAGGUAUUCUGGCCCAGACCGGGCAGUGGCGAACAUCCCACGGCCGAUCGAGCAGGUUGCUCGGCGUCGGGGGCUUGCUACAGCUUGCACCACGCGACCAUCAAGCGGCUGGCAGCCCAGGAGGCCUGCAACCUGCGCGGCGGGACGCUCAGCACGGUGCACGGGGGCGCGGAGUUGCGGGCGGUGCUGGCGCUCCUGCGGGCGGGUCCCGGGCCGGGAGGCGGUUCCAAAGACCUUCUGUUUUGGGUGGCUCUGGAGCGCGGGCGAUCCCACUGUACGCUGGAGAACGAGCCAUUGCGAGGCUUCUCCUGGCUGUCCCCCGACGCCGGCGAGUCUGACAGCGCCACGCUGCCGUGGGUGGAAGAGCCACAGCGCUCCUGUACGGUGAGGAGUUGUGCGGGACUCCAGGCCACCCGCGGGAUCGAGCCUGCAGGUUGGAAAGAGAUGCGAUGCCAUAUGCGCGCCAAUGGCUACCUGUGCAAGUACCAGUAUGAGAACUUGUGUCCGGCGCCCCGUCCUGGGGCCGCCUCAAAUUUGAAUUUCCGCGCUCCGUUCCGGCUCAGCAGCUCCGCGAUGGACUUCAGUCCUCCGGGGACCGAGGUGAGUGCCACGUGCGGCGGGGAGCCAACCAUCACGGCCACCUGCGUGGCGGAAGAGGCUGGCGCGCGCUGGGACGGGCUGUCCCCAGAAGCAGUGCUCUGCCCCUGUCCCGGGCCGUAUCUCCGCGGGGGCCAAUGCGCACGGCUCUCCGACUGUCUGGACGACUCCGGAGGCUUUGUCUGCAAAUGUAUUGAGGGCUUCGAACUGGGGAAGGAUGGACGUUCUUGUGUGACCAAAGGGGAAGGGCAGCCAGCCCCUGGGGGGUCCCACGUACCCAGCAGGAGCGUGCCAGUCACUGAGGCCAGUCUGGGGCCAGAGAGAACAUGGUCACCCCGAGUCCGCGAGGAGUCCAGUGUCACUGGGCGAGGCAUUUCUGCGACAUCUGUUCCUGACAUUCUUCCGUGGGGACCACACAGCACCAUAACUACCCUGCAACUGUCCCCGCAAACCACCCCACCGGGAAGUGUGGACCCUGGGCUUCAUUCUACCGUUUCCAUUCCAAAGGCCUUUGACUACUCCUCCACUGUGGUCUUCAUACUCGUAAGCAUAGCUGUGGUGGUAUUGGUGAUCUUGACCAUGACAGUGCUAGGUCUUUUCAAACUCUGCUUUCACAAGAGCCCUUCCUCACAGCCAAGGAAGGGAACUUUGGGUUCACCUGGCGAGGAGAGUGAUUCAGAGGCCACUGCCUUACGCUCCAAUUCUGCACAUUGCCUGGACAAUGGAGUGAAGGCCAGGGAUUGCAGUGUGUGGGCUCAAGCAGAAGAUGCCUCCCCGUCCAGGCACUCUCUUGGCUCCGGGAACACUUAGGGACACCGAGGACGUGAACACUGUUCUUACAGACCUUUCAGAGUUUACUUGUGGAAUUACAAUUCCUACAGUCAUUCCCAUUCCAAUCAUUUUCCUCUGGUCCACCUAGGAGCCAUGCUAUUGCAUUUGAAUAGCUUGCUCAGUCCUAGGAACUGGAAGAGGUUAAGUGCCUGAGGGGUGGGUCGGAGGGCAGGGUCAUUCAGGAGGAGAUAUUUGGUGAUGUUUCUGAGGAAUUUGGAGAAGCAGCAAAUAGAAAACAAUAUAAUGUUUGGAAAGUUAAUUUUUUCCCCCCAAAUAGAAAAGUGUUCAGACUGGGAAUAUAUUUGCUUGAAAACUUCCAGACCAAAAAAAUAAAAAAUAAAAAUAAAUAAACAAAGGAUAUUUGGCAACCCAGAUUCAAAUAUAUUUGGCUUUGGUAAGAAAUAAUUAUUUAAGAAAAGAGCAUGAUGGACAUCACUACUAGAGGACAUGGUACUUUUAAAUUGAAAGGAAAAUCCUUAAGCCCUUGUAAGAAGGAAAAGAUCUUUCAGAACUAGUAACUUUUCCCUUUGUUCUUUGUCCUUUGCUUUCAAAGUCACUGCUACUUGUGUGCUUUGCUAUAAAUCCAACAUGUAGUGUUGCCAGACACUGGCUUUGGAAGCAAAUUACAGUUGACCACCAAUUCAACUGUUUAUUGUGUGUCCUUGCCCAAGGAAACAAAUGAUUUGUGUUUCUCUCUUUCCAAUGUGCUCUACAGUGUAAUGACCUCUCCAACCAAAUCACCUCCUCUGCUUCAACAUCAGGAUGCUGAUCCUCACUUUUAAUUAUGCUGAUGUUAAUUCUCAAUUAAAACGUUAAUGCUAAUUAUUGAUUUGAAAUCUUCUGGGUGCAUUUGAGUGUAAGUAAGCUGGGUUUUCUCCAAAGUUGCUAAAUUCUUAUGCAUUUUUAAUCUAGAAGCAAAAGUGGAGUGCCAAACUCCUCCCCUUCUCUUCUUAAUAAAUGUGAUAAUGCAUGUUCAUCUUGGAAUGAUUACAAGAUAUGGUCAACAGCUUUGCAUAGAAGUGAGAGAAUAAGAAAGAAAUGAUAAAAGCCUAUCAUGUUAUUGUGACUUGGGGUGUUAGAAAGUAAUGAAAAUGAAGCUUUCUGCUGAAAAAUAACUAAAGACAUAAUUAAAAUCACUAGUGGAAUCCAGGUCCCUAGGAAACUGCUCAUUUUUAUUCAUAUGCUGACUUCAAAAAUGUUGUAGAGGUUGACACCUCUGUUGUGGAGAGAUAGAGAAACAAGUCUCCUUGUGGGAGAAACAGGAAAAAGUCAUAUUUUCCUAGAAUUAUUUUUACUUUCUUGAGUAUACUAUGCUCAUACUUAAAUAUUUAGGUUUAAAAUGAGUGAAUGUCCAGUGAUAAAAUAAUCUACUAGAAAAUUAAAACAGUUCAAUCCAUAAAUCUAUGUUCUAAAUUUAUGUAGCUGAUAUAGUAAUAUCAAAGGAAUGAAAUAAUGGAUUAUUUGCCUCAUCUAAUAAAUAUAUUUAUAAAUAAUAACAUUUAAAUAUAGUCACAGAUGAUUGGAAUUAACAAUAUAUGAUAGAAAUUUAAGUACCAUAGUUUCACAAGUGAAAACUGACCAAUAUUAUAAAUGCCCUUACUCACAUCCUCCAGCUCAUCAGAAUUCACCUGCCUUGGCUGUCAUGGCUUUCCUCUUCACUAUAUGAUCUGUCAGUAGAGAAGGUUAACUACUUGAGUGGAGUAGACAUAGUGCUGUCUUUACAACUUCAAAAUAGUCUCAUCUAUAACUGAACUGAAUAUGUAUGCAUGUAAAUGUAUGUAUAUGUGGAUAUGCAUACCCAUACAUAUCCUUUUUUUAAAAGGAUGCUCUUGAAUGAUUGCUUCAAUAAAAUAGACCAUGUGUAAUUAACUCAUUAUGCAACAGAUGACAUUAUGGAUCUUUGGCUCUAAAUGCCCUGGUGAAGAAGAAAUAGGUGUCAACUCAAUUGUCCCCUUAUUUCCUCUUAUAAGUGAAUCAGGAAAGAAUUAUAUCAGGGACUAUUGUCUCCUCUUAUUUCCUCUUAUAAGUAGAUCAGGAAAAAAAUUAUAGGAAGAUGUUUGUUUUUAUCUUUGAUUCCCUAGCAGAUAGUAACUUCAGAGAGUCACUGCAUUGCACAGAAUUUCCUUUGCUUUGUGUCUAUUUGAUUUCUUCCCUAAAAUAUUGAUUGCACAGCAGAGUCAAAACUGUUGGACAUGAUCUCUUAAGAGUCUUUCAGAAGUUAGGGUCAAUGUCCUUCCUCCCUAAUAUUUACUUAAAAGCUUCUGGGGCCAUGUUCAUCUUCUAGUUUCCUGUUCACUUAUUCCUUAUAAUGAAGACUGAGAAUCAACUCUGCAGUCCUUCAUUCCAUCCUAAACACUGUCAUUACCUCAGAAACCAUCUUGCCUGACUCCUUAAUGUAUGCGCUUUUUGGUUCUCUGACUUCCUUGUCUCCGGUGACUUCCAUUUCAUUUCAGCUGUGCACUCCAUGGCCAUAUUCUUUGAAAACUCCAAGUCUGUUCUGCCUCUUGCAAUGACCACAAGGUCAGUGCUUUUCACAGCUACUUUGAAAGGUGACUUUUUCUAAGGAUUCCUUAGUGCUAGAGAGGUGAGAUAGAAAUAAGACAAAUUAAGAUGUGAUGAAACUCACUUUUCUUAUCCAGACUGACCUAUUUUUCUCGAGCAGACACUUCUUGAACUAUUCGUAGCCUUUCAUUAAUUCCAAGAGUCCUGAAAAUUUUGAGUUUGACAUUUUUCCCCCAUCAGGUUCCUCAUUAAGUAGAGCAGAUUUUCAGAAAACUCAUUCUACCAUGAGAAAAUGCCAUCAGUGUGUUUCUUUUACUUAUCUUAUCUCUUUAGACUUCUUCAUUCUGGAAAAAUUCCCCAGUCUCUCCUUGACUUCUAAGACAUUAAUAGUUGGAGAGAUAAUAUGCUUGUUAUUUUUGUGUGUAAUGCUCUUAAAAUAACAUUUGUUUCCUCAUUCAAGCUACAUGUACUUGUCUAGAAUAUUGAGAAAGGGUGCUUUGUUACCUUAUCUCCCUAGAAGUUGGCAGAUGAUUUAAAGAUUUUCUUGUGUGUUUUUUCUUCCCUUUGAAUAUUUUUCUACUAGACAUUCCUCUUUUGUGAUUAAUAAGCACUUAGUAGGCAGAUAAUUUGAGACUAUGUGAAUAUCCUGUUUCUUUUAAUAUUUUUACUUAUAUCAGUGUAUAUUCAUGUCUUUUCAUUUUAUUCAAUAGGAAGCUAGUGUUAUUGUUUAUUUUGAUAUUCAAUCAUCUCAAGUUUGUGUAAUAUGACCCCCUUUCAGCUUGUCUCUUGUGGUCUAACAGGUCCUCAACAUUCCUUGGAAAGUUUAGUGCAGGUUUGUAAUCUUCUCUGUUUAUGUUUAAUAAACUCUGGUCAAUUUUAGAGGAAAAUGAUAAUCAGAAAACAUGAUUUGUGUAUAGGUUCUUGUCCCUAGAUUUCUCCUUAAUAGAGUUAGGGUGUGUAGGUGUGUGUGUGUGUGUG